CUUCGUUAGUCCGUGGGUUUAUCUCAGGCUGCUGUCAGCUCCACAUCACAGCCACAGCUCACAGUCGGCAUGUUUUCAUGUUGGAGAAACUUUAAUAUAAGUCGCAGAGCUGCUUCCGGUGCAGCGGACUUGUUCUCUCUGCGGACACGUCAAACUGCGUGUGUGUGCAGCGACAGACGAACUGUGUGCAUUAAUCCCAACAGACAGAGUUCAGGGAAACGGUACAAUGUGCCACCGAGCGCAGAGUUUGUCGCCAGGGUGUCGGGGAUCCCCACCAUGGCAAAGUUACCUUUCCAGGACACAGCCGAGGGGCUCGAUGCGGCGUUUGUCGGAGUACCGAUUGAUACCGGGACCUCCAACCGACCCGGAGCAAGGUUUGGUCCGAGGCAGAUCAGGGUAGAAUCUGCCAUGCUGAGAGCUUAUAACAGCGGCACCAGGGCGGCGCCUUAUGAGUCCCUCAUGGUGGCUGAUAUCGGGGACGUCAAUGUGAAUGUGUAUGACCUGAAGGACACCUGCAAACGCAUCAGAGAGGCCUACAGGAAGAUCCUGGCUACUGGCUGUAUUCCUCUGACUAUGGGUGGCGAUCACACUAUUGCAUAUCCCAUCCUGCAAGCUGUUGCUGAGAAAUAUGGCCCAGUGGGUCUGGUCCAUGUGGAUGCUCAUACUGACACCAGUGAUGUGGUCCUGGGGGAGAAGAUUGGACACGGGACUCCGUUCAGACGCUGUGUGGAGGAGGGGCUGCUGGACUGCAAGAGAGUGGUUCAGAUCGGCCUGCGUGGUACAGGCUACUCUGCAGAUUCAUACGAGUGGAGCCGGGCGCAGGGUUUCCGUGUGGUACAAGCGGAGGAGUGCUGGUUCAAAUCUCUCGCUCCUCUGAUGGCUGAGGUCCGAGCUCAGAUGGGAAAAGGUCCAGUGUAUCUCAGCUUCGACAUCGACGCUCUUGACCCGGGUUUCGCACCUGGAACAGGCACACCAGAGAUAGCAGGCCUCACUCCUAUACAGGGAGUUGAGAUUAUUCGAGGCUGCCGUGGUCUGAACCUUGUUGGAUGUGAUCUGGUGGAGGUUUCUCCACCCUACGACACCACAGGGAACACUGCACUGACUGGUGCCAACCUCCUUUUUGAAAUGUUGUGCGUCCUCCCAAAAAUUAAAUACUACUGAUCAGUACAGACCACACAGAGCAGAAUAGAACAGGUAGUUUGUUAAUAAUGAAUGUAGACACCACAUGAGCCUCUUCUGCCAAAUAAACCAGCAAGAAAGACAAAUCACCCAGCAAUUACAAUUUAAACUUUUAAUCAGUAAACAUAUUACAUUUUAUUACAGCUGUUAAGAACAUAAAUCCACUAUUGACGAUAAGUUGAAACACUCGACUGUAGCAGACAUCACGUGCACUAACUUGUAAAAAGAUUUUUGAUAAAUCCAUGUAUAAUAUUCUUCUGAUCUUUUAAGUUUAAUAAAUGAUCUCAGGUCCUAUACUGUAGAUGACAUGAUUAUCUCAUGUACAUCCCAAAGUGCCAAAAAAUACAGUGUUAAUGACAUUUUUACACUUCAUGUUGACAAAUCAGUGAAUAAAUCAAGCACAUACGAAGUUUCA